UAUUACUCCUAUAUAUGUUUAUUAAACACGACGAGUAACAUUUGUUUGACUUUGAAAUUGUGCGUGGAUGAUUAAUAAAAUUACUUUGGAAAUGGCGAAUAUUCCGUCAAUACAAGAUAUUGAAGCGGUUGACGAUAAUUGGGGUCCAACAUUUCGUUCGAUACUUGAAAAUGAUUCAAACGAUAUAUUAUCCGAUCAAAUUGAGGCCCGAAUUCGUUCGCACGAUAAGGAUAUCGAACGUAUUUGUAAUCUAUACUAUCAGGGAUUCAUAGAUUCGAUACGUGAAUUACUGCAUGUACGAACGCAAGCCAAUAAUCUCAACGAAGAAGUGAUGCAAUUGGAUGGAACAUUGGGAAAAGCAUCAACAGGUGUUUUAGCCAAAGGAAAAGAUCUGGUACGAGCACGAAAAAUUGAAAGUAACAUUGCAAAUACAAUCGAUGCAUUGAGCAGUUGUUUGCCGGUGCUGGAAUGCUUUACAAAACUAUUGAAACAAGUCGAAGAUAAGCGAUACUAUCCGGCGUUGAAAACGCUUGAGGUUUUAGAAAGUGAACACUUGCCAAAAAUGGAGAAGUAUCGAUUUGCAUCGCAAAUGAAAAGUGCCGUUCCAAAGCUCAAAGAGCAAAUUAAACAAUCUUCCGAAGAAGAUUUUCGUGAAUUUUUAGAGAAUAUUCGUAAGUAUUCGCCGAAAAUUGGUGAAGUUGCAAUGCGACACACAAAAAAGCAUCAAAAACGUGAUUUAACUUCGAUUAUAAACGAAUAUAAAACAACAAUGAACUCAAACGAUGACUAUUCGGUGGACGAAGAUGAUAUGUCCGCACAAGAUUGGAUUGAUUUUUCACCAAUUUAUCGUUGCCUUCACAUUUACACCGUUCUCAAUGACAAAGAAUAUUUUGAAAAAGAUUAUCGAAAACAGAGGCGCGACCAAGCGAAAUUGGUGUUGCAAACGCCACAAGCAAUGCACGACAACUUGGAGGCGUAUAAAAAUUAUAUUUAUUCAAUUGUUGGUUUUUUUAUCGUCGAAGAUCAUGUGAUGAAUACAGCCGGUGAUGUGGUCAAUCGUUCGUAUUUAGAUGAUUUAUGGUCAUCGUCGUUGUCACGAGCUGUAAAUGUACUUAGCAUGAGCUCAUCAUCGUGCACCGAUCCAAAUAUUUUGCUUCGCAUUAAAAAUUUGAUAAUGCUUUGCAUAACAACAUUGAAAACAUAUGGUUAUACGGUGUCACAGCUUUGGGAUUUAUUGCUUGAAAUGAGAGAUCAUUACAAUGAGGUGCUGUUACAACGAUGGGUCAACGAAUUCCGGGAAAUUUUAAAUAAAUGCGACUAUUUGCCACUACAAGUGCAUGAUCAAGAGCAAUACGAUGCGGUUUUGGAGCGUUUUCCAUUCCAUUCGGAGCAAUUGGAGGCUCAGCCAUUCCCAAAGAAAUUCCCAUUUUCGACCAUGGUUCCGGAGGUAUACCAUCAAGCAAAAGAAUUUAUGUAUGCUUGCAUGAAAUUCUCGGAAGAAUUGACACUGUCCCCGAACGAAAUUGCAGCAAUGGUCCGUAAAGCGGCCAAUCUUUUGCUAACGAGAAGCUUUAGCGGAUGUUUAUCGGCCAUUUUUCGUAAUCCAAGUCUUGCGCUUAUGCAAGUUGUGCAAAUUAUUAUUGAUACACAGUAUUUGGAGAAGGCUGGCCCAUUUUUGGAUGAUUUUGUAUGUAAGGUGACCGGAACACAGCAAGAAAUUAAGCAAGCCCCAUCGGCCAUGUUUCAAGUGGCACGAGCCGAAGCCGAGAUGCAAGUUUCGGCCAAAUUAUGUUCGAAAUUAGAUGAAUUUUUUGAAGAGCUUGAAAAUUAUGAUUGGCUAUUGCCCGAUCCGAAGGGACAUGCAUCUCAGUUUAUUUCCGAUAUGAUUGCUUUUUUGCAAAGUACAUUUCAAAGUUUUUCCUAUUUGCUGCCAAAUGUUGCACAGGUUGCGUGUAAAAAAGCUUGUGAACACAUUGCAAACUCAUUCUACAAACUGCUACUGAGCGAUGACGUCAAACAAAUAUCAACGGGUGCACUACAACAAAUUAGUCUUGACUUGAUGCAAUGCGAAGUGUUUGCCGGAACCGAUCCAGUGCCCGGCUUAAAAGUCGAUGAAGCGUCAGCCUAUUUUGCAGAAGUGCGUCAACUAUUAGAUCUUUUGAUCCUAGAAGAGUGGAGUAUUUAUUUAAGUGACUAUGGAAAACCCGAUAAUCGUUACAAUUUGGUGAAACCGAAAGACAUUAUUAUUGUUUUAGAAAAAAUACGCGAAGCAGAUAAAAAGAAUGUCUUUUCCGUUUUGAAAAAAUCGGAACGUGACAAGAAAAAAUUGUGGGAAACCGUACUCAAACAACUAAAACAAUUAGCCGAUCGAUAAAAUCAUUUUUUGUUCAUUUAUUCAUUUGUUUAAUUCUCAUAAUUUUAAUCAGUUUUCAAAAAGCUGCCAGCAAUAUAUAUUAAAUACAUAGAACAUUUCUGAGGUUAUUGUUAACAAAUAUAAACAAAUAAAUAAUGUUUUUAGUACAUUCUAACGUUGAAAAAUGAAACGUUUUGGCCCCUUCUGGUGGUCAUUUUCGUGUCAAAUGGAACGG